AUGUUAUUAAGACCAGGAACAGUAAACUUUAAGGAAAAGUGGAAAUGCUUAGAAGAGACUGUUCAAAGUAUCUUAAAACUAGACACAAUUCCUAGGGAUGUGUGGCAUGCACGUUUCAAUGAUAUUUAUUAUAUGUGCGGAGCCUUCCCAGAGCCUCACGAUGAUAAACUUUAUGAAUCAACAAAGUUAUUACUUGAGACCCAUGUAUCUCAACUGUUGACGCUUAUUCAAACCGAAGGUACUCAGAAUCAGUUACAAAAUUAUUGUACAUAUUGGCAAAAGUAUAUUAAAGGUAUAACACUUCUAGAUUCUCUAUAUCAGUACUUUAAUAAUACAAAUCGUGCAUAUGCUGAAACACGGUCUUUGCAUAGGAGAGAAUCAGAUGAGCCUACAAUGAUGAUGAUUAGAGAACUGGGACUUGAUGUAUGGAAUCGUAUUAUAAUUGUACCACUGAAAGACAGUAUGCCCAAAUUAUUAUUGGAUGAAUUUGACAAGCCAAGAUAUAAAUUAUCCAUAACCACACCUUUAGAUACCGUUGCAAUUAUUCUUAAAUCAUUUAUUGAAGUCCUGGAGUUCAAUAAAAAAUAUCCACUUGAAUUAUACCAAAGUUAUUUCGAGCAACCUUUUUUGGAGCGAUCUAGUGAAUACUUUGAACGAGAAUCAAAAAAAUUGUCCGAAGAAUUGACUGUGUCUGAGUAUAUAGCUAGAGUAUUGGUAAUAAUGAAAGAAGAAGAAAUAAGAGCAAACAAAUAUCUUCAUGAAAGCACUUAUAACAAACUGCAAUCAAAGUUUUGUCAAAUUGUAGUUGUUGAUAAUUUAAGUUUUUUACAUGGAGAGUCUGAAGCUAUGAUAAGAGAAGAGCGGCUUAAUGACAUUCGCAAUAUUUAUUUACUUCUAUGCAAUGUUAAAGAUGGAUUCGGCUCAUUAGGUGACGUUUUCAAAGAGCUCAUAUUAAAACAGGGAAAUAAGGUUCUUGAAUCUUUAAACAAAAAUCAAAUAUAUGUUCAUUUUGUUGAGGAUAUAUUGGAGCUACAUAAAAAAUACAAAUCUAUAGUCGCAGAUGUGUUCAAUAAUGAUUUUUACUUCAGUGAAGCUCUCGAUACAGCAUUUACAAUUAUUGUAAACUAUAAAUUAGAAGAAAACCAACCAUCGAAGGCCCCAGAAUAUUUAUCAAAAUACUGCGACAAGUUACUGAAAAAAUCAUGUAAAGGCUUAAGUGAAGCUGAAAUUGAACACAAACUAUUACAGUCUAUUACAAUAUUUAAGUAUAUAGAUGAUAAAGAUAUAUUCCAGAACAUCUAUCAAAUGCAUCUGGCCAAACGGUUAAUACUUCGACAAAGCCAGUCCAUAGUCGGAGAAGAAGGAUUGAUCAACAACUUGAAACAAGUUUGUGGUUACGAGUUUUCAAAUAAAUUACAUUGUAUGUUUACUGAUAUCAGUGUAUCAGAAGAACUAAACAUACAAUUUCAGAAGGAAUUUCUUAAAACCACCAAAAAUGAAUUGAAUUUGUCUUUUUCUGCAAAUAUAUUGCAAACUGGAGCUUGGCCUAUAAUAGUAUCAACCAAAUCAUUUGUUAUUCCUGAACAAUUGUUAAAUUAUUCAAAAAAUUUUGAAGCUUUUUAUAAAGAAAAAUUUGUUGGACGGAAAUUAACAUGGCUUCAUCACCAAUCUCAGGGCGAGUUGAAAUUGAAUUAUUUACCAAAAAUGUAUAUAGUGACACUACAUAUGUUUCAAAUGUCGAUCUUGUUACUGUUUGAAAAAUUUGAUACAUUGAAAUAUUCUGAAAUUAAUGAGAUACUUCAAUUAAGUGAUGAUCAUUUUCAAAAACAGAUUAAUAGCUUAGUAGAUUGUAAAUUGUUAUUGCUUGAUGGUGAUAAUUUAAAAUUGAACAUGGACUUCAGCAAUAAACGUACAAAAUUGUGUAUAACAUCAGCUGUCCUAAAAGAUAUACCGCAAGAGAUUGAACAGUCUAUUAAUUCUGUUGAAAUUGAUCGUGAAGGAUUUUUACAGGCUACUAUAAUUCGAAUAAUGAAAAUGCGUAAAACAUUGGGGCAUAAUAAGCUUGUGAUUGAGAUAAUUUCCCAAACAAAAUCAUUUUUGCCAUCCACUGGGUUCAUAAAUAGAUCCAUCAAGAUAUUAAUUGAUAAAGGAUAUCUAGAAUGCAGCCCAAAUUUACCUGUUGAGUACAAUUAUGUUGCUUAA